ACCUUUUACCCCGAGUUCGGAGUUUCACGUCUGACAUUCAAACGCAACUGCGCAGUUGGAGAUCUAACGUCGAGCAAAAGUGCGCAGUUGGAGACCUCAGUUUUAAUAUAUAGCAGUUUGAAAGCUUUUAGCAGUUUGGGACUACCGUUCGCAGUUUGAGAGCUUUUGGCAGUCUGAAACCUAACGUCAAUCCGCAAGUUCGCAAUUUGUGACCUGAUUUUUAACGACAACUUCGCAGUUUGAGACUACCGUAGCAGUUAGCCAGUGGCCGGCCAUGGACGAGCCAGGCGGUAGGCGCAUCAGGCUGGGACCGAGAGAGAUGACGUUCGGCUCCGCGGAGCUUCAGAUUCUCCAGCCGUCCAACCAGCUUCUGGGGGACCCGGGGGCGCUCAGGCGGGAACUGGCGGACAGGGGUUAUCUCUUCAUCCGGGGUUUGCAUGACAGACAGGAAGUGUUGGACGCGCGUCUGGAGGUUCUUAAGUACGUGAAGGAGUCAGGAGAAGGGAAGUUGGAUGCUUCGUUCCCAUGGCAACAAGGAGUGCUGGAUUCAAGAUGCGGCCGAGGGUGCGUCCCUUUCAUGGAGGGCAAGAACUCCAUCACACAUUCCGACGCCGUCCUGAAAGUCAUCGAAGGACCGAGACCCCGUGCGUUCUUCCGGACCCUUCUUGGUACAGAGCCUCAAACAUUCGACUACAAGUGGCUCAGAGCCAUGUACAACGAAGGCUUUACGGGCGCGCACGUGGAUUGGGUGUACAUGUCACGUGGCACGGACCAGCUCUUCACCAUGUGGACGCCGCUCGGAGACGUUACCAUGGAGAUGGGCACUCUGGCCGUCUGCGAGGGCUCACACAAGCUGCAGAGUUUUCAGCACUUUCAGGAGACAUACGGAAGUCUGGACGUUGAGGAGGCAAGGCUCAAAGGAACGGGGUUCUUCACGGAGGACCCUGAUGAGAUCACGCAGCGGUUCGGAGGUCAGUGGAAGUCGUCGGAUUUCCAGGCCGGAGACGCGCUCAUUUUUACCAUGAGAACCGUGCACAUGUCGACUGUCAACACCACGCGGUUCGCAAGGGUCAGCUGCGAUACAAGGUGGCAGCCAGCCGGACUCCCAGCCGACCCGCGGUUCACGGGAGACCUGGGCCCGGUUGUCCCGCGGUUCGGCGUGCACGGCAAAGACGGGACCGUGCAGGAGUCCGAAGUCACCAUGGAGGAGUUGAAGGAAAAAUGGGGAUUUCGUCAGCUGUUAAGUCUUAAAACCAUCUAACUAAUGACAAUGAUCUUGUAACAAGCCGUGGCUAGGGUAGACAAGCACCAGCAGGAGGACUAAAAUUUUAGAAUAAAACAGAAUGUAAAAAGAGAACGGAGAACUCAAGUUCACAGUAGAGAACACUGAGAGUGCACAGAAAUACGCUUAAGUCUUUUUUUAUUCGCAGUUAGUGGGCUUUAAUUCUCGAUGUUUUAUUUUCAGCGAAUUCAGUCAGAUUUAGUUCUUUUUGGUCUUUUGUUUCGUCCUUUCACAAAGCCCAAGAGAAAUUAAAUA